GUGCGGGCGAGGGGGGAGGGGUGUCGUGUAAUGGUUGAAUAGGGGCACCCCCUCCCGGGGCCCAGGCUGUGGUGGCCGGUUUGCUUGAGACGAGGCGCUAUUGUCUCGCUUCUCGGAGGGAGGCUCGAGCCGCUGCUGUUCGGUGCCUUUGGCUGCCGCCAACACCAGCCCCGCCGGGGUGAUUUUAAUCCCUCUGUGCGCCUUUCUCUCUUCCUCUCUUUCGUGUGUGUGUGUGCGUUUGUUCCCUCCCCCCCUCCUUUUUCUGUGCGAGAGUGUUGAGUCGAGUGACUGCAUGGAGCCGCUUACAACACCGCAGCCCGUGUAACAGCGUCAAAAAGCAGCAGCAGCAAAACACACACAUACACACACAAACCACAACAGUGCCACACAAUAGAGAACAAGAUGUAAGUUUUUGCUUUUCUGUAUUUUUUUUAAUUCUUCAUCUGGCGAUCGGAAGAAUCCUGAACCGAGUCGUUACUCAUUUUUUUCCCUUUUUUCUCAUUCCUUCUUAAAACUUUCGCACUCGCUCCACCAUCAAUGACUGAGCGGCAGGGGAAUGGCACUCUCCUUUAGACAUUGAAGGAAGUUUGUUUGAGAGGUCUAUUUUUUUUUGUUCGUUUGUUUUUUUGUACACAUACACACAAUAACAAUGAAAAAGAUGGCAAAUUCGACGGGGAAAUUGCAGCCUUCAGAGCCGCGGAGAAAAAGACUGGCGUUCUUGGAGGAGCUGCGGCAAUUUCACCAGAACAGAGGGACACCUUUUAAAAAAAUCCCAAUAGUGGGUGGCAAAGAACUAGAUCUUCACGCUCUCUAUACCAGAGUCACCGGUCUAGGUGGAUUCGCCAAGGUAACCGAUAAGAACAAAUGGUCACAGAUAAUAGAGGAGUUAAACUUUCCUAAAGGUUGCUCGAAUGCAUCAUUUGCCUUAAAGCAAUAUUACUUACGAUACCUUGAAGCUUAUGAAAAGGUACAUCACUUUGGUGAAGAUGAUGACGAGCUUGGUUCAGGUGGUCAGCGGGUCCAAGUUCCUGUUGGUGGGGUACCUUCAUCAUACAGUUACCAGCAGCAUAUAUUUUCAGAUUAUAUUCGGCAAAGCUAUGGACUUAAUACAGAGUUUGUCAAAGUUAGUAUCUACAAUAAAUUGGUGCUCUCCCUUAUGUCUGGACUCCCUAAUGAAGUUGAUUUUGCAAUUAAUGUUUGCACUCUUCUCUCAAAUGAGAGUAAGCACAUUAUGCAACUUGAAAAGGACCCCAGAAUCACCACUAUACUACUUGCAAAUGCUGGAGUUUUUGAUGAUACUUUGGGAACCUUGUCUUCUGUGUUUGGAACAGAGUGGAAGGAAAAAACAGGCAGAAAUUUUAUUAAGUUUUGGCAAGACAAUGUUGAAGACAAUGAAAUACGGGAGCUCAUAAUUUUUAGGAACAAUGGAUCGCAAGGUACAGAUAUAGAAAUGGAUGUCCAGAUGUCUUUAUUCCACUCCUCUCAUAAACUUGGCAUUAAUGAUGUUGAGGGACAACGGGUGGUUCAGAUUGCAGUAAUCCUUCGCAAUUUGUCGUUUGAAGAAGGAAAUAUGAAGUUAUUGGCAGCUCAUCGCACAUGCAUCCGCUUUCUGCUGUUAUGUUCCCAUUGUCAGUAUGCUUCUCUUAAGCAACUGGGGCUUGAUACUUUGGGUAAUGUUGCAGCUGAGCUUCAGUUGGAUCCUAUUGAUUUUAAAAGUACACAUCUAAUUUUUCAUACAGUAACAAAAUGUCUCUCUUCCUGUGACAAGUGUUUGAAGAUAAGAGGUAUGGAAAUACUAGGAAACUUGUGUAGAGCUGAAGAUAAUGCAGACUUGAUAUGUGAAUAUGUGGAUCAGGAGUCAUACAAGGAGAUCAUAUGCCAUUUAACUUUACCCGAUAUGCUGUUGGUAAUCUCUGCAUUAGAGGUGCUAUACAUGCUCACUGAACUUGGAGAAAUACCCUGUGCAAAGAUAGUUAGUGUGGAAAAAAGUGUGGAUAUAUUAGUGUGUCUUGUGUCAGUGGAUAUCCAGUCAUUUGGGUCUGAUAAAUCUGCUACUGUCAAACUAAUAGAAUAUCAAAGUUCCAAUGACCAAGCAAUCUCUGACAACAGACCACAAGCAAUGGAGCACUUACAACAAGCACCAACCCAGAUUGCGCCAACUUCAGCACCAAGAGUUGGCCCUGCAGUGGUAACCCCAGCAGGAAUGGAAGUUGACAGUGAAAAGUUUUGCUGCCAGUGGUUAAGCACACAUUUUGAGACCUAUUUAGAAGGCUCUGUCUCGCGAAUGGACCUAUACUCUGAGUAUCUUUCUCUCUGUAGUAAACUGGCUCGGGGUGGAAUUCUGACAUCAACAGGAUUUAACAAAUGUCUCCGGACUCUGUUUCCAGCACAUACAGUGAAACGAAUAGAGGAAAAUAAUGGGCAAGCGCAAAUCCGCAUAGUAGGCAUCCAGAGAAGGGCUACACCGCUUCCCAUACAGAUACACUACCAGCAGUUGCCAACUGUUCUCUCUGUCACAUCAGAGCUGACACAAAGCCCACCUACAUCAGCACAGACAGUGGUAAAUCACUUUCAACGGAUCCCUGCAGCGAGCCUUUCUACUGCUCAACCAGGAUCUCAAAUGAUCUAUACAUUUCAACAAAGUAUCCCAACUCAGAAUAUUACAACAAAAAUACAAGAUCAAACUGGUCUGGCACAAUUACACCAAAAUGCCGCUGUGACUGUUAUACAAGGCAGAGCUCCAGUUAAAAGUGAAGCAGCAAGAUGCUCAGUGGUGCCGUCUUCAACCUUCAAUACUCAUGCCCCAGCUUCAGUACCAUAUUCAUUGACUGGAACCAACAUUCCCCAGGGAACAUUGAUCCAAAACCAUGCCACAGCAACAACACAGUCAUCAGUUGCAAUGUCAACUUCUCAACAGGUACUUCACCAGCCACAGUUCUUUCAACAGCAGCUUCCUGGUCACCAGCUCUCUAUACCAAUUGUAUCUUCUAAUCAGAUGAAUACCUCUGGAACACCAACUGUAACUGUGAUACAACAAGCUGUCUCUCACGGUCAUGCAGCAAUUGACAGAGUUCCAAAUAUAUCAGCCAAUACUGUUAUUGUUUCACAAGGACAAUUGUUAUCGGGCACAGUACCCCACACUGUUCAGACAUCCUGUCACCAGCCAAAAGCAAGUAACCAGCAAGACAACAUUCUGUUGACAACUCAACACUAUUCAUCCACUCCCAGUCCUGCUGUUGUAUCUGGUUCCGCAGUACAAAAUUUCCAAGUCUCAACAGGUCAAGUGGUUGCAUUUACUGGUGUUCAAAGCUCUCCAGUCCCUAGGAUGAGUUUCCAGAACAUAGCGCCAAAACCAACUGGCAUGGCACCACAGCAUGUUCAAUCUACUCUAAUGCAGCAGCAGCCCCAGCAAAGUGUACACAUGAUUGUCAGUCAGCCAGCUUCACAGGGGCAGAAUUUUGCUCCUGCGAUUCAUCAGAUAUUAUUGACAAAUCCAGCUUCUGUUCAAGCUGGCCAGGCUAUUCAUCUGACUGGGAAUGCAAAUGUGACCCCUUCAUCCUCACCGUCUCCUGUACCUGUCAACAGCAAUCAGGUACAAAUGGGGUUGGUUACUCAGCCUUCCACCCCUCAAAUGCAGGGGCCGCAAACUGUGAGUAAGAUGCUAUCAGUGAAACGGCAGCAGCAACAACAUCCCCAGAAGCAGUUCCAGAUGCAGCUUCAGUCUCAGCAAACAGGUACCGGUUCCAAUCAACCACCCUCUGGGGAGUCUAGUUUAAUAAAACAGUUACUUCUUCCAAAAAGGGGACCCCCUACUCCUGGAGGUAAGCUUAUAUUACCUGCUCCUCAAAUGCCUCCCCCUUCCCCUGCCAGAGCUCCUAGUCCUCAGGUAGUCUACCAAGUGACUCACAAUCAGGCAGCUAAUGUUGGAGUUCAAGCCCCAGGUCAACAGUUAGUAGUUGGGCAGCAAAAUGUACAGCUUGUUCAAAGUCCCAUCCACUCCCAGGGGUCAAUGCAAACAGUAGCAAUUCCUCAUAUGCAGAUCUUACCGGGACAGUUGAUCUCUGCUAGUAACACAGCUGCUCUUCUCCAGGGAUCACCAGGGAACCAGGUAACUAUAACUGUUGUGCCAAAUACCACCUUUACUACUCCAGCUGGAAGUCAUUGCAGUGGAACGCAGAUCAUAGCCCCUGCAGGAAUUGCUGUUAGUGGGUCACAAGCAGGAGUCGGCCUCCAAGUGCAAACCCCUUCACCUAUUGUGACACCAUUGAGUGGACAGGUAAAAACCUCAGAAUCUGAAACUAUGUUCACAGGUGAUAAAAUUAUUUGCCAGAAAGAGGAAGAAGCAAAAGAUACGACAGAUUUACAUCUACAUGAACGUAAAAUAGAAAUUAUGGAGAACCCUUCCUGUAGAGAGGGUGCUGCUGGUGCAACCAAUGGUGGCUUAAAAGAAAAUGAUAUGCAGGCAGCAAAACUUGUAAAUGGAAAAGAACAUGGUCAUUCACGUCUACCUCCAUCUAACUCAGGGAUUGCUCAGUCUCAGCCCAUGCUGUGUACAUUGGCUUCAAAUGGACCUUUGUUGGGAUUAAGUCAAAAUGUAACCAAUGGGAAGCUGAAUGCAGACUGUGCAGAGGUGCAGGAAAACAAAACAGAUCCUUUGAAGAUCCCCAUGGUAAAUGGGAUCUGUGAUUUUGAAAAAGGGGAUGGUUCACACUUAAGCAAAAACAUUCCAAAUCAUAGAGCUUCCAAACAUGUGGAAAAUGGUGAUAUUGUUGCACAAGAGCAAUGGGGAAGUAAGGACAGUAAUCAGCAAAAUUCUGUCAAAAGUGUUCAACCGACCAAAAUGCAUAAUGGACCUGUUUCAGUUGGAAAUUCUAGCGCUAACUUUGCAGUGGUUUCUAACUCUAUCGACCAGCAAAUCAGUGGUACAAACUCAGGAUUAUUCAAUGGACCUAUUUCAGCUGGCAUACAUUCAGAGGUGCCUCAGCUUCACCAGUGUCCAAGUUCAGCUGUGUCUUCAGUUUCUAACUCUGCCCAGGUGCAUUACGCUCCAGCUUUGCACCAAUCUGGACCUCUCGCUGUACAUUCUGUCCAGCUUUAUCAGACUCCAACAACCAAUGGUUCAACUGAAUGUCAACCUUUAAAAAGGUCAACUGAAUGCAAAGAUAAUAUAUCAGGAAUUCCAAAUAAAGUGGGAGUAAGGAUUGUGACUAUCAGUGACCCUAACAAUGCUGGUUGCAGUUCAACAAUGGUGGCUGUGCCAGUUGGAGCUGAUUCCAAUAGCAUAGCUAAAGUAGCACUCGACAGCGUAACACAGCAAAAUCAACACCCAUCUGUUCUUUCACAGGGAAUAAUUAAUCAGUCUUCUCCUUUAGCAGUAACAUCAACACCAGCAGCAAUCCAACAAAACAGUUUCCAGUCCCAUCAGCCUCAAAUUCCAUCACUGCAACAAAAUAGAGAGCUAACACGAAAACCAGGACAGAAUUUCAUGUGCUUGUGGCAAGCCUGCAGGAGAUGGUUUGAUUCUCCAUCCCAGGUGUAUUACCACGCAGCAACUGAGCAUGGAGGGAAAGAUGUGUAUCCUGGGGUAUGUAUGUGGGAAGCAUGUGAACGAUUCCCACGGCAAAGAUUUUCCUUCAUUACACACUUACAGGAUAAACAUUGCACAAAAGAAGCACUCCUCGCAGCCCUGAAGAAGCUUGAAGAGCAAUCACACAAUGGAAACCACCAAUCUUCUAACAAGCAGACACCUGCUGGGGCUACUUCCACUUCUAAAGCACAGAAGGCUAUUGUGAAUCAUCCUAGUGCUGCUCUAGUGGCAUUGAGGAGAGGAUCAAGGAAUCUUGCAUUUAGAGAUUAUAUGGAUGAAAAAGAAGACCCAAUUACAAAACACAUACGGCUAACAGCUGCCUUAAUCUUAAAAAAUGUUGUUAAGUAUUCAGAAUACGGUCGCAGACUACUAAAAAGACAUGAGAACCAAUUGUCUGUACUAGCCCUUAGUAACAUGGAAGCUUCCAGCACUCUUGCCAAAUGCCUUUUCGAUCUUGUCCAUCUAGAACAAUUACAACAUCCAGAAAAUAAACUUUGAAAGAGUGAAAUAUGUAUUCUGAAAUAUCGUUUACAGGGUUCUGAAGCAAGCAAGAAGUCUUAAUGAGAAAUGACCAUCAUGAACAGUUAAAAAAAAAAAAAAAAAUCUUUUUCCAUGAUGCACAGAAUCUUAACAUUCUGCGCUCAAAUGGAGUCAACUGUUGACAAGCUUUUAAUAGGAGUACCAACUGUGUGAUCAGAAUCCACUACCAAUUUUUUAUUUAAAGUUGGAAAUAAUAAAUUCUGAACCAGAGGAGCUACACAGAAUAAUAGCAUUAAAUAUUUUUACCCUGCACCCCCUAUGAGCACAUUUUUAUAUUUCAGAAUUAGUGACUAAGCUGGGUUUAAUAGAACAGAAAUUAACACACUGGAUGUAAUCCCUGCCAUCCAAGAGGUUGCAGUUUAUUUCUAGUGAUGUGCUUUCUUGUUUAGAAAUCAGUAGCUUGUUUUUUCAUACUUGAGCCAAUAUAUUUUCACUUAUUUAUUAUCAUAUGAUCAAUUGUAAAUAUUUGUGAAUAAAAUUAACCAACUUUCAUGCCACUGCAAUCACUGGAAACACAAUGUGGUGUCACAAUAGCAUUAUUGUUAGGGUAUAGGACUUUUUGUGUGUUUCCUGCCAAUUGUAAGUAAUUGUGAUAUAUUGUCUGCAGUGGAUGAAUGUUCUUUAAUUCUUUGUAAAUAAUUCUGUAAUGGUACCAAUGCUGUAAAGUCAAAAAACAGUUUUGUGGAACUGAUUUUUUUGUAUUAUACACCUUGUAGAACUCAUUUGCUGGUUGAAAGAGUAUGGAAUAAUAUAUCUCAUGUCAUUUUGUAGAGAAAAAACUAUUGAAGUUAUUUUUGGUUUACCCUAACUUGGACCCACUGAAAGAUAUCACUUUGUACAAGCUCGGUGCUUGUACAGGAUUUUUUGUAUUUGUAAAUUGGUUUAAAUAUGAGGAAUUUUAUACAGGUUUUUCUCCAUGUAUUAUAUUUAUCUUGGGUGCAGGCAUGGUAUUUUCUCCACUAUUCAUAAUGAAUUUUUUUUUCUCCAAUACAAUUAUAGUGCAGUAUUCUAGUGUUUGUUCUUCCAUCUUCAAUAUUGUACCAUAUCACAUUCCUGUUCAGAACCUGUUCAUGGUUAUGUCCUGAAUGGUGUGUUAUGUGAUUUUCAUAACUGCCUCUUGCCUGAUGUAUUAGCAUCCAAAGGAGGGAACACGCUCCCAUUUCUUGCUGUGGCUGUAGAAUGUGCAGUAAAGACAUACAAACAGUUUUACAUUAGAUAACUUUAAUUACUUUGACUGUUUAUAGUUUUAAAUAAAAGACUGGACACUUUU